AUGAUGGUCAGAAGCAUAACGGAGUGUUCCGUAGUUUGCGCCCGCACCCAGGGCUGCACCGGUUAUAACAUAGAGAUCACCACAGCAAGCCGCAAACAGUGUGAGUUGAGCGCCUACUCAGACACUGACGUCGGCGGUGCAAUUGUCACCGAUAACAACUACAACUUCUAUACGAAAGUAAACAGCGGAGAAUGCCCUGCAGACUUCGUGGAAUUCCGUGGAAAUUGUUACUACAUUGAGACACUCAACACGAAGACUUGGCAAAAGGCACGUGACCACUGCAUCAGCAUGGGAGCCGACCUCGUCAGUCUGGAAUCACCGGGAGAAACCGAUUUCGUGGCGCCUCAACUGCCACCAAGUUGGUGGACCGGUGGCAACGACGUUGCAGUGGACACGCAGUGGGUGUGGGUUGCUACAGGAAGACAGGUAGGCAUGUGUGCACCUAUUCCGUGGGGUCCUAGAGAACCAAGUGGAGGUGGAGAAAACUACAUGUUCGCAAAGACCAGUUAUUUGAGAGGUGAUGAUGGGGGAUCAUAUUCAACAAAUUACGUCUGUGAGAAAUCGCCAUGA